AUGACUACUACUGCAACUAUUGAUAAACAGAAAAAUUAUGAUUUAGCAUCAAUUUCGGACACGGCAUUACCUAAGGAAUCAAAUGAAAUAAAAAAAACAUCGGUCGACGAAAUUAUAAAACAAACUGAAUUAAAAAUUAUUGCAAAACGUUUAUUUGAUGAAGAUUUUAUAUCAAUUAAACCUAAAGAAUAUUUACAAUUUUUAGCAAGUGACGAAUCAGAUAGUCAAGAGAUAUGUUAUCAUUAUAUGAAAUUAUUUAAAUGGUCUCCAAAUUUGCUAAAAUCAAUUAGAAUGUUAUGUUCUAAAUUAUAUCUUAAAGGUGAAUCACAAGAGAUUGAUAGAAUAUUAUCAAGUUUUACCAAAUCAUGGUUAGCUCAAUAUCCAAGCAAUUGUUUUUAUACUAAUAAUUUUGAGCAGAUUUAUAUUUUAACUUAUUCUUUAAUAUUAUUGAAUACCGCACUACAUAGUGGUGAAUUAAAUAAGAAAUCAAGAAUUAGUCAGGGUGAUUUCAUCAAAAAUACAUUCACUACAUUUGUCCAUCAGGAUAAGGAUGUUAAAUUGACCAUAAAACAAAAGAUAUCAAUUGAAACUGAAUUAAGUUUAAAUUAUGAAGAUUUAUUGAAAAAUGAAUUAUAUUUAAAAAAGGAAAAAGAGGAAAAAGAUUCUGAAUCUGAAGCUGGUUCUUUAGAUAAAAUGAGUGAUAAUGAGAAAGAAUAUCAAGAUCCUGAUAAUUCAUCUAUUUGGUCAACUGAUACUAAAUCUAGAAGAUCAUCAUUGGCAAUGAAAAGAUAUACUACAUCAGCAUCGGAAAUUUCAAAUUUAACACCCACUACAACCACAACAAAUAAUUCUCAAAGAGUUGGAUUAGCGAGAGCAUUAAUUGGACAACAACAACAACAUCAUCAUCAAUUAAAAAUGGCUGAAUUAUAUAAACAGGGAAAUUAUUAUCAACCAAAUUUAAAUUCUCAAAUUUCAACCCCAAUUUUAAGACAACGACAGUCAUUUGAUCACUCUAAAUUAAUUAAACGAAGUUCAAGAUCUUCAAUGAUUUCAACUACUACAAAUAAUCAUCGUAAUUCAGAUAAUUUAUCAGUUUUAUCUUUUGAUACUGCUCAUUUUAUAGAUGAUCAUGAUGAUCAUCAUGAGACUAGCAAAUAUUCAAUGGAUAAUUUCAAUAUAGAUAAUUAUCAAGAUGAAAUUGAUUUAAUUUUAGAAUUACAAGGAAGUCCAUAUUUAAAAGAAGGUUUAUUAAAAUAUAAAAUAUUAAAUAAUAAUCCAGAGGAAGAACCAAAAAAAUUUUCGUCAUUUUUUAAGUCUAGUUCUGUUUAUCAAAGAAAUCCUCAUUAUCAAUUGAUUAAUAAAUUUCAAGAUGCAUUUGUUGUAGUAAGUAAAGGUGAAAUAUCAUUAUAUUCAUUUGAUCCAAAAUUGGUUAAAAAAUAUAAAAAGGAAAAUAAUCAAAAAGAUUCUGUAGGUGAUGGAAAUUGGUUAAAUAAUGCAGUUAAAGUUGGACAAUAUAAUUUAUGUUCAACAUUUGCACAAUUGGAAAAAAAUAAUAAUGGAAACAUAUUGUGGAGUUUAACAUUUCCUAAAGUUAAUAAAAAACCAAAUAAGAAAUUUUUGUUUGAAGCUGGAACUUUUGAAAUUGCAAUGGAAUUUAUACAUGCUUCAAAUUUUUGGAGUUCAAAAAUAACAGCAAUACCAACAUUGGAAGAAUCAAUAUCUUCAAUUGAAUAUGGAUUUAAUCUUAAAGACGGUGGUAAUAAUUUUAAAAAAUUGAGAAUUGCAAAAUGGGAACCAUUAAUUAAAGGAGUUUAUCUUUCAAAUUAUAUAACUACAAAUGAUAUCAAUUCAGAUCAAGUAUUGAAACAAUUUAUAAAGACUUCAAAUUAUUACAAUGCUUUAAAGAAAACAUAUACGGAAUUUAUAAAAUUAAAAUCAACUUUUCUUGGUAAUUUUGCUUCUUUUAAACAUUGUUCAAAUUAUGACAAGGUGAUUAAUAAUUUUGAACUCAAAAUUUAUGAAUAUAGGAAUGAAAUGAAUAAGUAUAAGAAUUAUAUGAUUAUAUUGGCGUAUGGUUUAAAAUUGAGAUUUAAUCAAAAGGAAAAACAAGAAGAAGAAAAUACAGAAGAUGGAGAAAAAAAUGAAGGACCCAAUGAGUUGGAAAGUAUAGUUAAAGGUGAGAUUGAAAAAUUGUUUCAAAAUACUAAUGUCUCUAAAAUACUUCCAAAUUUGAAUUUGAAAAUUAAAGAUACUGAAAAUGAAAAUGAAUAUGAGGUUGAAUAUGAAGUUGAAUAUGAAGUUGAAAAUAUUGGGAAUUUGGUAAAAAGUCCCAAGAUUUCUAAUUUUUCAUUACCUAUAAUUGAAAAAGAAGUUGAUGGGACUGAUAAAUUAAAUAACAUUGAAGAAGAAUAG